AUGCUCAAAAGGCUUGAUUGGAUCAGAACCCAAGACAUACCAUGGAGUUAUACUGCCACACACACCUUUUUACUCAUUCGUCCCGUUUCCGAGCCAGCCCAGAUAGCGAUACCAACAAACACAACACACAUAUCAAUGCCGGCAGACGAUAUUAGCCUAAGUGCCUCCUGGACAGACCUUGGAGAAGCUCUUAGAGAGAGUGCAUCCGAGAUCAGUCCUGCAGCACUUAUCUCCGAAUACGAAAAUAAUCCUUUGUUCGUAAAUGAUGAACAUUCCAUACUAUAUGACAGAUCAGAACACCCCUCUAGUCCAUCUUCUGAAGAAGAAUGGAUGGACGUACAACGCACUGAAAAAGGCUCACUCGAGGCCAUCAGUUUGUCCCAAAGAAUAGACAUAGAGUUGAAUGAUCCGCCCAAAGAGAGGCCAAGCGAUGAAUCUCAAAACAGCAGAUUCUUUAGAGCAACAUCUACUGUUGAACAGCUAUUCGAAUCAACCACAAUAAGUUCAAGUAUCUGGAACGUCUUUUCUAUCCCAAUUGUCACCAAAACACCAUCGGCUUGGUACACUCGACCAGCCACCUUUCCCGAUCUUCUAAACUCGCAAGAUUUUGGUCCAGAUAAAUCCAAACUAAAAGACCUCGAGAAACUAGGCAACACACAAACAUCCCUAACAUCUCCGUCUUCUCCCUAUUCUAUUCAGCUAGCUUCAGAUGGACGUUCGUUCACGCGUGAACAACAGCCCGUUACAGCAAAAGCAUCAGCAAUGACACCACCACCACCCACAACACCAACCAUGACACCGACAUUGUGGGCAGUCAGAGGCAUGCCUGGUGCAUUUCCUUGGGGUUGA